GAUGAUUCAGAGUAUAUGUACGUGUUUCAUGACGUUUUACACAGGAAGUAGAUUUAUUUUGACAGCCUGGCUUUCAUUUUCAAAGUAGCAGAAAAUGAGAAGAGCGCACGCAAGCAAUGAAGGGGGGUAUUACCAACCGACAGCUCAGAUGCUCGAGUCGGAAAAUGAUCGCAUUGAACAGGAGUUAUCAGGAAAAGUGAAAGCCCUCAAAUCGUUAACAAUAGACAUCGGGAACGAAGUUCGAGAGCACAACAAGUUUUUAAGUGAAAUGGAUGAAGAUUAUGACAAAUCUGGGAAUCUGCUGCUGUUCAGCAUGGGUCGAUUAAAAGCCAUCACAAAGGCUGGAGGACCAAAACUGUGGUGUUACCUGAUGCUUUUCUGUCUGUUUGUGUUUUUCCUUAUAUGGAUAAUUGUUAGGUUCAGAUGAUCUGGGAUUGUUAAGAACUAACUAUUGCUGCCAAAUUGUAAUUUAUUAUUUCAUUACCUACAUUGGACUUGCUCAAAUUUGGCAUGUCCUCCUUUACUAAACAUUGGUUGUUAGGACUUUGACAAAAUAUGUAUCAAAGCAAAAUUUGAAAUUGAGAAGUGAUUGAGUCUGUAUCUUUGUAAAUGUAUAUACAUAUUGCAGAUUCAGGUUCUGUUGAAACACUGUGCGUUUCAACUAACCCAAUAUUUUGUGGAUAUGAUUGCAUAAAUGUAUCCAUAAUGUGGUAAAACAUUGUUUUAAUACAAUAGAGUGAAUGUUUACAAACAAUUUCUAGGUAUUAUCAAUUUGUCACAGGGUCCUUUCGAGUAGUAACAACUUUUCCAUACCAUAUGUAUUUCAAAAUUGGGGGGGGGGGGAUUCUUUAACAGACAAACAAACACUCACAGCACAUUUCACAGAUGUACUUUUAAGAUACAUUAAAAAAAAGAAGACAUAUACAUUCGACUGGCAGAGGACAGACAGUAUUACUUGUAAGAAAUGACACCUGAUAUUGUGUCUUAAAAAUCGUGUUUGACAUCACAUUAGUACAUAGUGUGUUUGUGAUAUUAGUAUAUGGUGUCUUUGCACACAGUUUUAUAUAACACUAAUUUGGAGGAGAGAGUCUUUGGUAACUUCUUAAAGUUUGAAGUACAAGAAAAUUAUUUCAUGUUACUAUGUAUGAUCACAACUAUACAUCGUGCCUCCGCCCCAACUCCUUUGACGUUUUUGUUGAUUAUGCAGUUGUUUUUUAAAGAAUGUUGAUAAAGAUGGGUUUUUGGUUCGUGAUUGUAUUUUUUCAUACACACACAACUAAUAGUUCAAGAGGAGAAUAUAAAUACAAAUGUUUAAUGUAUACAGUGAAUAACUAACAGACUAUCAGACAAAGGCAAUAUAUGGAAUUUACUCACAGAAACAGCUUUUCAGCACCUUUUACAUUUACUUCAUUGUUUACCAUAACAAAAGAAUGUCAGGUUGAAGACUUAGCUUUCAUUUCAAAACUAUGUACAUGUAUAGUUAUUAGUCAUAAUUCACUUCUAUUAUCAAAGAAGAAAAUUGGAUUUUAAAAAAAAUGUGUCUACUACAGGUUAGUUAGAAAAUCCACAUGUUGUAUUAGCAGAGGAGGUUGUGCAAAAUUGUUUAGAUGUAGAUUAAGGUCUGCACCCCAAGUUCUCCAUCAAUUUUAUGCUUUUCAACAAAAAUACAUCCAUAUUGUAAUUUCCAUGAACAUUUUGAUUGUUAUGAACAUGGAUUCCAUAAAAUCUUUGUCAUAUGUUCAGCAUUUAGAUAUUCAUGGACUUCUAAAGUCCAACUUUGUGAUAUAAGUUUUCAAAUAUUUAUGAUGUAAUUUUCAUUUUCUUAUCUCAUUCUUUCCACAAGCAUCUACUGAAGAGCCAGUUUUAGAAUUUAACCAUUCUGUUUCAUACUGAUCUCAAUAUUACCCUUGCUUGUGUGGAUUGUAUAUAGUAAUUCUGUACAGUAAAACACGGCUACAGUGAACACGCUUAUAAUGAAUUCACACUUACAGUAAAACACGGCUACAGUGAACACGCUUAUAAUGAUUUCAUACCCAAAAAAAGCCAUCUGAUUAAAAUCAGAUCCUAAGAUCUGCUCACUUAGAUCGCUACACUUAGGAUCUGAUUUUAAUCAGAUUGACAAAAAAGUGAUUUUCAUUCCCUGUAGUUUUAAAACAUUAUAUGUACAUUUCCAAAGUUUUUGCCUAUGAUUAUAGUACAUCUAUUUAAUGCCUGGGAAUUUUGACAAGCAUAAAAGUAGAAUGUUAAUAUAAAAAUUAAAUGUCAUGUUUGAAAAUGCAUGAGAGUAUGAACUGCAACGCUUUAUGCCGGCAUACAUUUCAUAAAAUGCUAAUGCUUUUCAUGAAGUAUGCUGGUGUGAAGCACUAGUACAACUCUUUCUCAGUACUUUGUUAUAAGUGUGUUUUUCUGAAGUAUCUUGAGAGGGAGAGCCAUGUAAUAACUAUGAUUUAGUUUGAGUUUCAACCAUGUGUCAUCAAUCAAUGUCCAAUGUAAAAUCAUGGUGUCUAUCAACUUGACAAGUUAGUUGUCAUAUACACUGUAUUAUAUUGGAGGCAGUCAUGUAUUUUUGUCCUAGUCAAUUUUUCUCUAUUACUGAGUUAAAAUAGCUGUUAAGAAUCAAUAAUGUAUCACUGGUGAAAUUCUGUUCUGUAUGGCGACUUCAUUAAAACUAGAGAAUGCAUGUUGUCGGAGUAUUUAUAUCUAAUAUUAUAAAUUCAUAGAUAUCAUGAGUACAUUAUCAAAAAGUACAAUAUCAUUAUUAUUCACACUGACAAUUCACAACCAUAGUAUAUACCGGUUAGCAGGUGUUGUGAGAUAAUCAGCACUAACAUGAAUUAUGUGAUGCAGACUGAUAAAUUAGUCCGUUUGGAUUCAUAUUAUCUUGCAUUUUCACUGUUACAUCUAUUGCAUGCCAUCUUUGGGAAUAAAUAUUCAGGUCUUCUUCUGCAAAUUGCAUAUGUAACAACAUUGAAAUAAAUAGAAAUUCUAGAC